AUGAACAGUCUAUUGGGACUAGAGCUCUCCACCUCCUCAACCCACCACUCCAUCUUCCUCAACAGUUCAACCUCCUUCGACUUCUUCCCAACCUUCAAUGAACUCCUUUUCCCAACUGCCCUUAAAUUUCCCACUUCCUCUGUCUCUCUCACUUCCAACCACAAACGACACACAACAGCAACUCCAUGCUUCAAGACCCGCGCUGCCCAAUCAAGCUCCACUAUCAGUGAUCCUGAUGUUGAAGUGGAGGAGAAAAUGGAGGUUGAAGUAGCUGAGGGGUACACCAUCACUCAAUUUUGUGAUAAGAUAAUUGAUACUUUCUUGAAUGAGAAGCCUAGGGUGAAGGAAUGGAGGAGGUAUCUUGUGUUUAGGGAGGAGUGGAGGAAGUAUAGAGAUUGCUUUUAUAAUAGGUGUAGGAAUCGGGCUGAUGCCGAGAGUGAUCCGGUUGUGAAAGAAAAAUUGGUUUCUAUGGGGAGAAAGGUGAAGAAGAUUGAUGAUGAAAUGGAAAGACACAGUGAACUUUUAAAGGAGAUACAGGAUAACCCGACUGACGUCAAUGCAAUAGUUGCACGGAGGCAGAAAGACUUCACAGAGGAAUUCUUUCGAUACCUCAAUCUACUUUCUGAAGUUUAUGAUGGUCUGGAUGAUCGUGAUGCAAUGGCUAGGCUUGGGGCUAGAUGCUUGUCUGCUGUCAGUGCUUAUGAUAACACACUAGAAUAUGUGGACACAUUAGAGACUGCCCAGGCCAAAUUCGAUGAUGUCCUAAAUUUGCCUUCAGUCGAUGUAGCUUGUGAAAAAAUUAAAAGUCUUGCCAAGGCAAAGGAACUGGAUUCUUCAUUGAUAUUAUUGAUAAACAGUGCUUGGGCUUCAGCAAAAGAAUCCACAACAUUGAAAAAUGAGGUCAAAGAUAUUAUGUAUCGUUUGUACAAAGCCACAAAAAGCAGCCUUCGAAGCAUUGUACCAAAAGAAAUAAAGCUGCUAAAACAUUUGCUGAACAUAACAGAUCCUGAAGAGCGAUUCUCAGCACCGGCGACAGCUUUCUGCCCUGGUGAUGAUAAUGAAGCCAAGGACCCCAAAGCUGUGUACAGUACUCCUAAAGAGUUUCACAAGUGGAUUAAGAUCAUGCUGGAUGCGUACCAUCUAAAUGCAGAAGAAACUGACCUUAGGGAAGCCAAGCAGAUGACUCGGCCUGUGGUUAUACAGAGGCUAUUCAUCCUCAAGGAAACUAUUGAAGAGAAAUAUUUGGAAAAAAACACGUGUCCGGAGUCUCAACCGGAGGAAACCAAAUCGGAGUUGUUAUGAAGUACCGGCCAUAUUCAAAGAUCAUAUUGAUCUCCUCAUGUCUCUGCAUGUUGGCAGAGAAUAUAGAUCCUAGUUUUGCAGUUAAGAUGAGUUGUGGACUGUGUGGCGUCAUGCACCUAAGCACCUUUAUAUUGAUACAAUGAUAAUUAUAGA